GGGUCUCUCGUCCGCCUCUUCCGCCUCGGGCAUGUGAAAUCCGCCAAGAAGUGUGCUGCCCCAUGUCGCCUGCUGACUAUCCGCAUCAGUGCUUCCCCUUCUCUCUGCACAUUCGCCAAUCCGAAGGCGUUGCCCACUCUUCAUCCGCCUGAACGACUGCUUGGUCAUUCCUUAUUAGAGUUCUGCUUUAAUCUCGUUCAUCUGCGGCUGUUUGUGCUUCUGGUGCUGCUUGAUGCGUCAUGCCUCUCAAAAGGAGGCUUGUCUUCUGAGAGAGCUUGCCAGGACAAUUUAUGGCCUUCACAACAAUCGCUUCUAGAAGGUUCUUUUUCGUGA